AGGCAGACUGUAUACGUCAAAGUCAAUCAAAACUUCUAAAGAAAUGUAGGGUUACUGUGCAAUUCUCUCUCUUUUUUUUUUUUUUUUAAUCUUUUUUCAUAUUUCUGUAUGAUGUUGUAAUCGGAUAUGCAAAAUCCUUACCGAUUGUGAUUUUGAUUAGGGGUAUUUGAAUGGAAAUCUUGCUGAAAUCCUGGAUUCCAAAAUGAGAAUGUCCUCUAAGGGUCCUUUAAAGAAGGAAUAUAGCUUAGACUUCCAUGAAAUUUUGUGUGAGAAGCUGAAAGUUUGUGGAUUUGGUCGCUUCCGGUCUUCCCCUGCCAUUGCUGCUGUUUUUAAUGAAAUUAGCUUGCCAACAAGUGUAGUUGAGGUUGCUUUGAGGCAAAUGUGGGCGAGUUUACCUAUGGAACUUUUACAGCUGGCCUUCUGUAGUUAUUCUGAAUGUUUUGACGUGCUCUUAGAGAAGAAGAAGGUACCUUUGGAUUUUGCAGUUGUUCCAAACCCACCCCAGUUGCCUCCCUUCUUCUUAAGGAAGCCUUCAUGCCACAGCAGUAAGGGUUCAAAUAGAGUGCAGCUUAGUGAUUCUCUUGUGGGUCCUGUUCUUCCUCUUCCUAUCCUGCUCACACUUCAUGAGUUCCAGAGGGGUUGUCCUGAUUCAGAAGAAGUAUGUGCAUAUUCAUCGAAAGUGGAAUUAGGUCUUAGGUGCAAUGAAGUCAUACAGGUGGCCACAGAAAUGGCUGUGUCAGAGUCUGGCUCUGAGUUUCACAGCAAUAGAGAUGUCUCCCUUGCUGAUGAUAGGGAUGAGAUGUGGGUUGACUCGCAAAAAUCCAAACCGUUCUUCAUUUACCAUCCAAUUGCAAAUGAGACAUCUGCCAUUGGUGACACACAGAAAAACUAUAAAGAUGAAGAUUUUGAUACUUUGAUAUCUCAAGUGUGUCUGAAGGAGGUUAAUCGUGGUGACCACACAGAUACCAUUGGUGCCGGACUGGAACUAUUUGAUGACUUGUGCCCUAUCAAGUUGAACUUUGAUGUUCAUGGAACGAGCUUUGGGUCACAACAGUUAGAAGCAUGCAAUUUAUUGAAAAAUUGGUUCUCAAUGUGGCAAAAAAGUUACCAUCCGUACCAUGAACUCUGCACACGGACCAAAUUUGGGAAGAAAGAUGCAUAAUUCUGAUAUGUAGAAGUGGCAUUUUGAAUUUCCAUUAGGGUAUGUUAAUUAACAAAAUGAAGGUUCUCUCUCUCUUUUUGUUUGUUUGUUUGCAAGGUAGAACCUGCAAUUGUUGCCCAAUCCUCUUUAUUUUUAUUGUGCUGCACUGUCAGAAUAUAAACUUGAAUUCUCUGACAAGACCACAUGUAUUCUAAUGUUAGUAGCUCUACUUCGCAGGGGACUAGUUUUUUUUAUUAUCUAGAGACUGGGGAUUAAACUCUAGAUUUGUGGGGGGACUAGUUGUUUUAGAAAGAUAUAAAACCUUUAAACAGUUCCUACCUCUCUCUUCAGCCUCUUAUUGUCUAUCUCAGAGGUGAGACUUGAUAAAAAUCUCUUUUUUGA